GAAAGUAGUAACAUAAUUAUCACGGUAACAUAUUGGUUUGUCUUUGUUUAAUAAUAAUAAUUACCUUCAAGCUUACAAGUUACAAGUUCAACAUAAGCCAAAUUGUUAUUACUGAAUAAUUAUUUUAAUCACCAUCAGAAAUGGACAGUGAUUAUUUUUUUAACAAAGCCACCAAGCAACGCAAGCCGUCUGUGCUGCGAGAAAUCGCCAACAAGAUUUUCAAAAUGUCAAAGGGCAGCAUAAACCUUGCCGGCGGUUUUCCGGACGUGCAAACUUUUCCAUUUCAAGAAUUCAGUUUCAAAUUAAGAACCGGUGAACACGUUCGGCUUGCCGACAAAGAACUCGCUGUGGCGUUACAAUACUUGCCAACAUUAGGGUAUGGAAAUCUUUUAACUAAGCUGAAAGAAAUCCAAAACCGAUUCCACGGACCACAAGACUGGAAUGCCAAAACCAUUUUGAUCACCUGUGGAGCACAACAAGGUUUGGCCUAUGCUUUUGAAAUGAUUUUGGAACGUGGCGAUCCUGUGAUUAUAGCUGAACCUGCAUUUGAACUAGUUUUAAAUUCUUUAAAACCGUUUGAACCAGAGUACAUAUCGAUUGCACAAGAUUCGAUGGGUGUCAUAAUAGAAGACAUUGAAAAUAUUUUAUCUACAAGAAGAAAACACGGUUGGUCGAUGCCUAAGGUGAUCUAUAUAAAUCCGACUGGGUCGAAUCCAACCGGAAUCGUUAUGCCCAACGACAGGAGACGUGAACUAUAUAGACUGGCUUGCGAAUACAACAUAAUCAUACUCGAGGACGAUCCGUAUUUUUUUUUGAACUUCCAAAAAGAGAACCCUAUCAGUUUCUUGUCGAUGGACACCGAAAGCCGGGUAAUUCGAGUGGACUCGUUUUCAAAGAUCAUGUCGCCCGGCAUGCGCCUCGGCUAUGUCACGGGGUCCACCGAAUUCGUUCUGAAAAUGGAGAUGUUCGUGCAAAACUCUAUCCUACACGUGUCGUCGCUGUCGCAGAUGGUCGCUUACAAGCUUCUUACUACCUGGAACGACCAAGGGUUCGACGCCCACGUGGCGCGCAUCAAAGAGUUCUACAGACAAAAGAGAGAUUGCAUGAUGCGGGCAGUAGCAAAACACCUCGGCGAAUUGGCCGAAUGUUGCGAACCGGCCGGUGGAAUGUUUUUGUGGUUGAAAAUUGACGGUCUGCAAGACACCAAAAGACUGGUGACUGAAAACUGUUUGGAAAAGCACGUUAUCUUUGCUCCUGGUUUUUCCUUUGGGUCCGAUCACCAAAAGCCAUCACAGUACGUUCGCGUGUCCUAUUCAGUCGCCUCUCCCGAAGAUAUCGAUCGGGGUAUUUCAUUACUAGCCGUUGCUAUACGAGAAGAACUGCUAAUGAGAUGAUUUAUAUAUUUAUUUAGGUUGAAUUCCCUGAACAUUUUUUUAAAUAUUUGUAAUAUCGUUGAAGUUUAAUAUUUAUAUAUACAGUGUAAAUUUGAUAAAUUUGUCUUAAGUUCAAGAAAUACUUUUUUAACAUUUUAUUUUAGAAAAUACCAAUGAGUGGGAACUGUUAUUUACAUGCUUUCCCCUGUAUAAAUGAAUCCUAAGUAAACAUUUAAACGGCUAAGAAAUAAAAUAAUAAA